CUGUCUGUUUCUCAAUGUAAGUCAAUGGGACUUUGGCCUUUUUGCAACCCAGUGGUACUUCCUAUAUGGAACACGGAAGUAGGGGGGCUUGCUCUGUCCAGUUAUUUUAUAUACAGUCUAUGGCCUCGACACGCGCUUCGCGGAAGCUCCUCCUCCACUACUCCACACGCGCCUCAAGCCUCGAAACAGAACGUCACAUCACUAUUUACAACCACAAAAUGCGCUCAUUCCUGCCCCUAGACUCCAGCAUUCCUCCCUGCAGUUUAUUCUGCCUCCUCGGCGGCUCUCAGAAGCAGCAUCAGUCUUGUUCCAAAAGGCAGCCUUAGUUCAUGCUUAAGCUUCUCCAGAGCUGGAGGUCAGAGGUGUUAUGAGGACACAUGGUCUAACAUGGACACUAGAGUUGUGUGUCACUAUGACAUUACUCAUCAGAGGGUCGGACGGGUUAGCCUGCAACACUGCUGUGGAAUCACUGGAUUUAAGUUGCCUCCUGCGGUGGGAUUGUCCACAUGCCAGUCCCAAUAUCAGCUACAGCGUGCAGACAAAGACACAGGGGGACCCCUGGCAGGAUGUGCCGUGGUGCGUUUGGAUCUCCACUCAAAGCUGUGACGUCUCUCCAGUCUUCUCAAACUUUGAGUUGUACAACAUGAUCCGUGUUGGCGUUCACUUCAGCCCCAGCUCUACUACCUGGAUGAAGCCUCUCAAGUUUGACUACAGCGACUUCACCUUCAGCUCUCCAUCAGUGUCUGUGUCCUGGAAGCACGAGCGGCUGGCUGUAAAGGUGCAGUUCCCCUGCUCUGCCAACAGGAGGUGCUCUGAGGAAGGAUGUUGUCCUGUCACCAAACUAAUUGACCCCUGGACCACAGUGACUGUGUACAACCAACACAACUCCUCCGACCAGCAGCAUCGACUACAGUCGGAGGAGAUCCCUUCACUUCUUCCCGGAUUCCCACCUCUCGCGCAGCAAGUUGGACAUGCUGCAUAACCUGGACACAUUCCCGGGCCCCCAGGCCCCCCCUGCCCGGGUGAACCCCUUUUCUCA